AUGCAGAAAUCCGUUCGACGUGGCGAGGAUGCCACCCAUAAUUCGAGGACAAAGAUGCGCAGAACUGCGAGCACGGAAGCAGAUCCUCGAGGAGAGAAAGCUCCCUGCCUCCAGGAGAGUCGUCGAUGCCUUGAGGAGUACACCGACACGUCUUACUCGGAGGAGGAAGACUUUUCGGAGGAUACGCAAGGGCUGACGCUGAGCCAUCACGGAGAGCUGCUGGAGUGGCGCAUGUGCGACGAGGACACGGUCAAGGACCAGAGGGAGGAGCUUGGCUACAAGAUGGAAGAGACUUCGCUCAACAUUCUGCUGGACAUGGCGCAAGCAAGCUCCAGCGCUGAAGUUGAUGUCUGGAAGCUCCUCCUUCCUUUCGACUUCAUCGUGGGUCUCGAUGCCCCCUCCUGCCUUGUCUGGACCAACGAGAAUCUCCCAGAUGACGUAGCUCCUUUCUCCCAGCACGAGUGGAUGAGAUUUCUAGGAGUGCUCUACUAUCAGGUGCUCACACCUUGGAGCAGCUACGGCAGCCUCUGGGUUGGCCGAGACGUCGGUGCUCUCCCCCCCCAUGACCUCGGGAGACGUUUCGGCGUCAGCCGUGUGCGGUUCGAGCAGUGGAAGUGCUACCUGAGACUCUGGCCGCAAGAAGUGGAGCAUGCGUUGAGCAAGGCUGCGCAGAUCCGGCCGCUGCUGGACGCGUUCAACAGGAAGAGGCUGGAGACGAUAUCAGCAGGCAGCGAGCUGUCGACGGACGAGACGAAGGGAGGAUGGCACGCGAGAGCACAGGGAAGGAGCUCUAAGAGGGCUCCUGCAGUGCCUUUGCGCUUCGGCCGCCAGCGCAUGCCCGAAGAUGAGCUGCUGUGCCUGGUGGAGUGCACCUACGGUAUUGUCCUGCACCUGCAGCUCCUGGACGAUGAGGUUGUGGAGGAUGAAAACUUUAGCGAGCUUCCUAGAAUGACGCGCCUUCUCGUUCACAUGUCACGACACUACCUCGACCAUGGCCGCGUGAUCUACUGCGACCCCAAGUUCGCAACCGUGUCGACAGCUCAGGCCCUGCUGGAGCGGAAAACAUUCUUCACCGCCCUGGUCAAUCGUGUUGACUCUGGAGCUCCGAGACGUCAUCUUAGCCGUGCUCUGAGGAAGAGAGAUGUAUCUUUGGUGGAAACCAAGACCGCAGAACUCGUUCGUUGCAUCGGGGGGCAGGAUAGGACCUUUCUUGCGCAUGCCUGGAAGGAGCACAGGAGGAGCGGUGUGCUUACAAGGGUUCUCAUCUCGACAUGGGGCAGAACGACUGGCUGCGAGGUAGGGACGGGAAGGACGAGCAUGGAGAAGGAGAGAGGGAGGACAGAGUUGUGCGAGGCUUACAUGGCAUGUACUGGAGCAGUCAACGAGCACCAUGAGCUGAGGACUGGAGGAUUUGAUCACGAUGGCGCCAGGAACGAGAGUUGGACCUUCAGGAUGCUCAAGAGAGUUGUCUGCACUGUGGCAGUCGAUGCCUUCCGGGUGUACAGGGUGUACAAGAUGCAGGAGGUGGAGUAUCGGGAGUUUCUCAGCAGACUCACCCUCCAGCUGCUGAAGAGCGAUGUCAACGAGGCUACAGUGAGACAGAGCCCAACGUCUUCCAGAAACGAGCUCGUUCCAGCUGGAGCUGGAGCUGGAGCUGGAGCUGGAGCUGGAGCUGGAGCUGGAGCUGGAGCUGGAGCUGGUUGUGUUGGCACCACCACCUUGCUCCAGGGCGGGGGGCCCUCGGCAUGCGACUACGACCUUCCGCAUCGACUCGUCUGCGUCAACGACUACCUCGAGUCCUCUGCUCCUUCCCGCUCAAUCUCCAAAAGUCUCAAGCCCAUCACUAGGGUGCGAUGUAAGGUGUGCAGCGGAUCGGACAGGUACGGCAACAAGACUUCCUACUGCUGCUUCAACUGCAGCAUGGCGGACCAUCGCAGGAGACCCUUCGGCGUAUGUGGGCCCGGGACGAGACGGGACUGUUUCAAGCAGCACGUGGUGGCUUCUGCUGAGAUGCACUGA